AUGAGCGGAAGAGGCAAGACCGGCGGCAAGGCCAGAGCAAAAGCCAAGACUCGUUCCUCCCGUGCCGGACUGCAGUUCCCGGUCGGUCGCGUCCACAGGCUGCUGCGGAAAGGGAACUACGCCCAGCGCGUCGGCGCCGGCGCUCCCGUCUACUUGGCGGCCGUGCUGGAGUACCUGACCGCUGAAAUCCUGGAGUUGGCCGGGAACGCAGCCCGCGACAACAAGAAGACCAGGAUCAUCCCCCGUCACCUGCAGCUGGCCGUCCGCAACGACGAGGAGCUCAACAAACUCCUGGGCGGAGUGACCAUCGCACAGGGCGGCGUGUUGCCCAACAUCCAGGCCGUGCUCCUCCCCAAGAAGACCGAGAAGGCAGCCAAGUCCAAAGUGAAGAUGAAGGUCAAAAUGAGCGGAAGAGGCAAGACCGGCGGCAAGGCCAGAGCAAAGGCCAAGACUCGUUCCUCCCGUGCCGGACUGCAGUUCCCGGUCGGUCGCGUCCACAGGCUGCUGCGGAAAGGCAACUACGCCCAGCGCGUCGGCGCCGGCGCCCCCGUCUACUUGGCGGCCGUGCUCGAGUACCUGACCGCUGAGAUCCUGGAGUUGGCCGGGAACGCAGCCCGCGACAACAAGAAGACCAGGAUCAUCCCCCGUCACCUGCAGCUGGCCGUCCGCAACGACGAGGAGCUCAACAAACUCCUGGGCGGAGUGACCAUCGCACAGGGCGGCGUGUUGCCCAACAUCCAGGCCGUGCUCCUGCCCAAGAAGACCGAGAAGGCAGCCAAGUCCAAGUAA